AUGUGGCCAAAACUUAUCUUUCUGCUGUGUUUCCUAGCUGUUGUCUUUGCGGACAAUGAUGAUCUAAAAGAUCUUAAGGUUACUCAAGUAUUUCGCGUAAAGCCGGGGACUGAGUUAGGUGGAUGCGAUAACUUCGAUGUCAACAGAUGGUUCUCAGAUGCGAGGAUACUUAUCAGUGGGGCAAAAGAAGCCUUGUUGAAAGCCCAGGAGUUUUUUGAUAAGGGAAACGAAGAUUCUCAAAUUGAAAGCUAUCUCCGAGCAUUCUUCAGAUUCGACCCAGAGGAUGUUUCCGCGAAAUCUACCCUCGAGAGGAUGAUAGAUGAUAUUAAAGAGGUCGAUAAAGAGCUGCGAUUUGCGGAAGACGGCGACGAUAUGCCUUGGGUCUUUUGUGAUAGCACAUUUGCUGAACAGAAAAGCUGGUCAAGCAAAGCUCUGGUCGAAGGGACAGGCGCCCCAUAUCCCGACGACCGGACGAUCAAGCAGGCUUUUCCGGACAUAUGUCAAGAGAACUACACAAAGCGAAAUGCCGCUUUGAAGAAAGAGAAGAACGCUAGGAAAAGAAUGAUGCUCCCUAGAGAGUUUUAUCCUUUUUGGGUUGAUGACUUCAAGCAGUACCGCUAUGCCGAAAAGGGUAACUAUUGCAACAAGGCAGGGAAAAAGAACAUGGCCGGCACAGACGACAACAUGCAGCCCAAUACCAUUACUUUCUGCACAAUGAAUUGGAAAGACCACAAAUACAAUGGCUUGUCCGAUUUUCCGCCUGUUGUGGAGGAAGGAUUAUCCCUUAACCACUUUGCAAUUGGUGGCCUUACCUUUCUCCAUGAAUCAUUCCACUACGCCCUUCUGAAUGAACAUACGCCAGAUACUGCGUAUAAUCUAGAGCAGAUAACUGGUAGUGCUGCCUUGGAUGAUGGUAAAAUCAUUACAACUGAUCAAGCAGUCGCGAAUCCGGAAUCAUGGACAAUGUUCGCGCUUGCAUGGUACCUUGGGAGUGAGAACAAAGACUUCACGUUUGCGAGUUCCAUGUCGAAGCGCUUGUAGUGGCACAGUGAGACAUGAUGUUGGGGUUCAUUGGGUUAAACGCGUGUAUUUCAUUCUAGAAUAGAUAUUGGUGUUUUUGCCUUUAAAUAUACCGAGCAGAAGAGUAUGACAUGUUGAGAUACUCGACAC